GGGCGUGGCGCGCGAGGAGGCCGUAUUCGAGGCGGCCAUGCGCUGGGUGCGCCACGACGCGCCGGCCCGCCGCGGGCAGCUGCGGCGCCUGCUGGAGCACGUGCGUCUGCCGCUGCUGGCGCCCGCCUACUUCCUGGAGAAGGUGGAGGCCGACGAGCUGCUGCAGGCCUGCGGCGAGUGCCGCCCGCUGCUGCUCGAGGCCCGCGCCUGCUUCAUCCUGGGCCGCGAGGCAGGCGCGCUGCGGACUCGGCCGCGGAGAUUCAUGGACUUAGCUGAAGUGAUCGUGGUCAUCGGUGGUUGUGAUCGCAAAGGUCUUCUGAAGCUGCCCUUCACAGACUCCUACCACCCAGAGAGUCGGCGCUGGACCCCGCUGCCCAGCCUGCCGGGCUACAGGCGCUCAGAGUUCGCAGCCUGUGCUUUUCGUAAUGACAUCUACGUCUCCGGAGGCCACAUCAACAGCCGUGAUAUGUGGAUGUUUAGCUCCCAUCUGCACACUUGGAUCAGGGUAGCUUCCCUGCACAAGGGAAGGUGGAGGCACAAGAUGGCAGUCGUGCAGGGACAGCUGUUUGCGGUGGGUGGCUUUGACGGCCUGCAGCGCCUGUGCAGUGUGGAGCGCUACGAUCCCUUCUUCAACACCUGGGCGGCUGCCGCGCCCCUUCCGGAGGCUGUGAGCUCUGCGGCGGUGGCAGCCUGCGCAGGCCAGCUCUACGUGAUCGGGGGCGCCGGGCAGGAUGGCAUCAACACCGACAAGGUGCAGUGCUUUGACCCCAAGGAGGACCGGUGGGGUCUGCGGUCGCCAGCACCCUUCUCACAGCGGUGUCUUGAGGCUGUCUCCCUCGAGGACACCAUCUACGUGAUGGGAGGCCUCUUGAGCAAAAUCUUCACCUAUGACCCUGGCACAGAUGUCUGGGGGGAGGCAGCUGUCCUCCCUAGCCCUGUGGAGAGCUGUGGCGUGACUGUAUGUGAUGGAAAGGUCCACAUCCUUGGCGGGCGGGAUGAACGCGGGGAAAGCACCGAUAGAGUCUUCACCUUUGACCCCAGCACUGGACAGGUGGAGGUCCAGCCAUCCUUGCAGCGCUGCACCAGCUCCCAUGGCUGUGUGACCAUCAUCCAGACCCUGGGCAGGUGACUCAGACUUGGGACAGGCUGAGCCAGAAGUCAGAGAGGCAGGGAGAACUCAGGUGCACCACUCUCCUCCCCUUGUGGUACCUCCAUGUAAAUAGCCCCUUAACUUAUUGCCUCCUUUUCUUACAGAAAUAAAACCUUGUUGGGAUUGUGUUCCCUAAUGUCUGCGUUCC